AUGGAGGAGGCAAAUUCGCCUCGCUAUGCUAAUGCGGCGGUCAUUCCAGCUCUGUCUAUGUUGUCUAUCUUGCUUAGUGUCGUUCCGAUAGCCCUGCACUGGAAAAAUAGAAACAUCCCUGCAACUUGUCUAAUAUGCUGGUUCCUGAUUCUCAAUGUCUUCAAUAUCGUGAAUGCAUUUAUAUGGCCAAACGACGACGUUGACACUUGGUGGAGUGGUGUGGGUCUGUGUGAUAUCGAAGUCAAAGUCAUGAUAGCCAGCUAUGUUGCUGUGCCAGGCAAUCUAAUGUGUAUAUUUCGCGGUUUGGCAGGUGUGCUGAAUACCAGCCGUUCCAGCCUCGUCCCCAGCAAGAAGCAGCGUUGGCAGGAUUGUUAUAUGGACGCUCUAUUCUGUCUGGUUAUACCAACUAUUGCUAUGGUCGCACACAUUAUCUACCAGGCAAACCGAUAUAUGCUGUUCGGUAUUGCUGGUUGUGUCAACAGUUUUGACGAAAGUUGGAUGAGCCUGGUUCUAUCCUGGAUGUGGCCUCCGGUUAUCUGCCUCUUUGCCGCCUACUAUUGCAGUCUGAUAUUGUAUCGUCUCCACAAGUACCGCAGCCAAUUCGCAGACAUACUCCAGCCAUCUAAUAGAAAUUUCAGCAAGUCUAGGUUUUUCCGUCUGUUCUUACUUGCUUUUACCAUGCUCCUUGCCAUUAUCCCGAUCCAAGCCUAUGUUGUCUACAUGAAUGUGACGCUCUCGCUGCCAUGGCAUCCGUAUUCAUGGAGUCCUCUACAUGGACCAAAGUGGAACACAAUCAUCAAGGUUCCGUCAAAUGGAGAAGUCUUCUUUGACCGCUGGAUCCCAAUCGCAUCUGGAUUCAUGUUCUUUAUCUUCUUCGGAUGUGGCAGAGAUGCCUCACGGAUGUACGUCUCAAUCCUUCGCUAUCUAAGACUGGAUUGUUGUCUUCCCUGUGCACAAACAAAUUCGGCGGAUAGCUCUUCGUCAACUGCAGUGGGAUCCACGAAUAGCCGAAUGAGGCUUCUAUUUCGCAAAAAGCAGUCAUCUGCAGCAGGAACAAAUGUGGGCAACCUGGCUUCGACAGACCCCGCAAACCAUAGUUAUAUGGACCUUGAAAAUGGAACAGUUUCUUCGCAAAAGCACAGGCACGGGCAGAAAGUGCCAUGGCAUAAAAUCCAUCUGCCAUUCUUGAACCGAAGCCGCUCACCUUCUAGCCAUGAUAAGAUGCUGUCUCUUCGUGGUUUUCAUACUCCGAAUACGGUGACAACUAAUGCCUGGGCCGCUACUAAGAGCCAUUCCAGUAACGAAUACACUGAGACCUCCACCCAAAAGGAUUUCAUUCGAGUGCAACAGGUAAUAAGUCAAGAGAGUGAGACCCAUAUGUAA